GUGAACAAUACCUUUGGCGAGAGACGCCCCUACCUGGUCAUUCGAGACUUUGAGGCAGAACGACAUAUCCAGAACCGCCCUGCCGACGAUGAGGACCAAGAACCUCAGCGCAGUCGAGUGAAGGGCUCUUGGAAGAAAGACUUUCACGUCUCACCCUUCAACUCCCGCAAAGGAUCCUACUCGUUGCUGGCUAGCGAUCCACUUGGCCCCGAAAUGGAAGGCUUUCGAGGAAUUGACAUCACGAUCAAUCUUUCAUCGUCCAAAGGCCACCCGAAGCUUGUUGCAAGACUCUUUUCUGAGGGCGAUGCUCUUGAGCCCGACUCAAUGAGCCUUUUUCAGAAGACCAAGUUUGUUCUCGGAUGGUUCUGGGUUGGGUUCGUCACGUUUCCCAGAAUUGUCAAAGAAGCUGCCGUCCUCUUCUUUAAGCGUGGCCUCCACGUCUGGUAUCGCCCAGAGCCGCUCAGGGAGAGCAUGGGACGCUUGGCCGACAAUAUUGAAAAGCAACUAGAAGAUGCAUUCCGCCAGUAUUUGCGUCACCUCGUUCAGCAGUCGCCCUCCCCGAUCACCGUUAGGUACAUCCCAAGUGGAGUUGUUGGGGCCGCUGAAUAUAUCUUCAGUUCCUCGUCAGUGACAGGCUCCUCAACGACUGCGGAAUCUGUCGAGAUCAAGGUCCUCACGCCAGUCUUUUACUCGCGCUUCGUUCAUUAUGCCCAUGAUUUCGAAGCUGUCUUUAGCGAGCUGGCCGAAAGCAGUACCCUUUGGGUUGACAAGCCGGAGCUUCUACCAAAGAUAUUUCUGAAGAAGGCCUCACCACCGCUGCAUGCGUCCACCCCUUUCGAUUUCUUGUGCUUUCAAUUGAUCAAAAGUCUCCGGAGUCGACCAGAGAAGAUUGAGAGGCCAUUGACAUCGGCGGAUCAAGUAUCGUCAUCCUCGCAGGGUCUGGAUAUUCGAGAUUUUCGCAUGUCGUCGAUGGAUGCCUUUGUCAUCGGACAGGGCAACACGACACUGAAGAAGUCGUACAGAGCGGCUGUUCUUCGACUGUUUUUUGCUGACCGGAUCGCCUUUGGCAACACUGACUUGCUUGGCAUGAUGGAACUUGGGGCAAGGGUGGGUGCGUCAUGGGUUCUCGCGUCCCUCAUCAACCAGGCGAUCCGGAGGUUCUCAUGA